UUCUCCUUCCUUCGCUCGAUCCCCAAAUCAAAUCGCUGUCCUCCUCCACCCAACCCCAACCCUAACCCUAACCCUAGCCGAGCCGCGCCGCCACCAUCGAUCCCCAAAUCCCUAAUCUCCCUCCACCAGACCCAGACAGACCCCAAUCCAAAGCUAGCCGCCAUGGCCCCUCCGAUGGUUCUCCUCGACCGCGAGAUUGAGUUCCGCCCCGACCCCGACCUGCGGGGAUUCUGGGGCGAUAGAGGGCCACAAACCCGCGAUGCCAUGACCAUGAGCGAUCAAGUCAUGGAGUACCUGCGGACCUUCAAGGCCCGCGCGGUCGUCCACGAUCCGCCGAAACCCUCCUUCCUCGACAUACUGGUGCCGCCGCUAUCCGACCCGCUCCCGCCGCCAUACAUGGGCCUGGACUCGGGCCGCAUCUCCAGCACGGACAAGAACCUGGUCGCCCUUUACGCCGGCGGGUACCGCCCAGGCUCUAGUUUGCCCGGAGGCUAUCUCAUCUACGACGCCUGCAACGACUCCCUCUCCGUCAUCCCCCGGCUCCCCGACGACGACUCCCAGAAAGCCUUGGGGCACCCAGAAAGCCUUGGGGCACCAGUCGGCAGUCGUCAUGUGCGACUCCCAAGGCCAAGGGGACGGCUACCUUCUCGCCGAGCUCGUGGUUCCAGGACUGUCCCGAGCCGAGGUCUGGCUGUGGAAGUCAUCCGCCUCAGAAUGGGCCUUGCUGUCCGGGAGCCAUCCCCUUCCAUCCAGAUCCAGCAGCUUCUCCGUUGACUCGUGCUUCUCUUAUCGGGGCUCUACCCUUUGCUGGGUGGAUCUCUUCCAGGGCAUCUUGCUCUGUCAUCUCAACCAAGACUACUGCAACAGCAAGUUCAGCUUUAUUCACUUGCCACCAGAUUGUCCAACCUAUGAUGUGGACAACCCCGACUAUCCAGACAGCGCCCGCUCAGAGGAGUCCCGUUCUGUCGCCUGUGUUUGUGACCACAUCAAGCUCAUCGCCUUGGAUGAAUGUGGAUUGGAACUCAUCGUCUGGACUCAGUCGCCUCAACUCUCAGGCUGGACCAGAACCUCCAAGUACAAUGUUGAACAAAUCUGGGCAAACGUCAACUACAUGUCUGCUGGUUUGACCAAGCUUGCUCUGUCGCUCCCUGUCCUGAGCAUCCAUCAAGACGAUGUUGUCUUCUUAGUCGUAAAUGAUGACUUGGUGGUGGACCGUUGACUAGUGCGUGAAAUCCAGUAUUUGCUUCGUGUCGACAUGAAGAAUAACCAUGUCCAGGUCUAUCCACAGCCUACAUGGUCUAUUUAUUCCCAGCUCUUGGCCAGUGAGUUCAGUGUGUACCGACGACAGGAUCACCCGAGAGAUAGAAGCAAGCGAGUUUGGUCAAAGUGGAAAGAGGAUGAAGAUUUGAGAUGUUGGUAACAUGACAUGUGGAACCGCCACUUAGGUCCACCACUGGAGACAUUUAAUGUUGUCAUUAUCAGAUGUUAGUAGUUAUAAACUGAAUGGUGGGUACUUUUGUGUUUUUACUCAUGGCUUUAUGUCUCCUGAGUGGCUUGUUUUAGAUUUGUAAUAACUGGUAAUGGCAUGUUUAUUGUUGAGAUUGUGUUGAUUCUGGCUACAUGCAUCAUUGUCAUUUUCCUGCGGGAAUCC